GUAUUUCUAAUUUCUUACUCCUUUUUACACUUCUUAUCUUUCUUAACAAUCCCCUUGCUCAUCUAGUAAAGGAAUUACCAAAACCCUAAAACCCGCAUUGCUACCCGCACCACCACUGUCAAGACUGCCCCUGUGGUGACCCUUGACAGCCGUCCGGUACUAGUCAGCCCACCGAUAGCACCAACAACCCCUUUCACUCCUUUGUGCAUCAUCCCUGCUUCAAUAAACAGCCCCCUGCAGCCCAUCAUAGCAGACGUUUCUUCCUCGCCAUCUGAAAGAAAACACAACAACUCACGUUCAAUCUCCAAUCCAACACUGAAGAUGAAGAUGUGUAAAGAACGUUUUUGAUGAACCAUACAUUGAAGGAUUGAGCACCUAAGGUUUUGUAUUUGCAAUUUAAUACUCCACCAGUUCAUCUUCAGCUGGCUAAGAUAUGGAAUCAUAUCGUGUCACUAUACUAUGUUUUUGGAAUGGUGCAAUUCAAACAAGUAACAAGAAUGUUGAGUAUGUUGGUGGUAAACAUAAACUCUUUGUAUGCAACUCAAACAUGAAUUUGAAUGAGUUAAAACUUCAUAUAUGUUCUAAGAUUGGAAUUGACUCAACAAGUACUGUAAAUAUAAGUUUUAAAUAUGGGAUGAGUGGACAAUUCUUAGCCUUUCCCAUUGAGGAUGAGGAUGCAUUAGAGGCUAUGUGGGAGUAUUCAAAGUCUACCCCUAUUCCCUCUUUGGAGUUGUAUGUAGAAGAGGUGCCCUUAAGGAAUCGAGAUGUGAAUAUAGUAGAAACAGAUCAAGUGUUGAAUGUAACUUCUACUUCUUCCCCUGCGCCUAUGCCUUUUUUAACCAAAGAAACUCAAAAUCUCUCUACUCCUUAUGAACCUCCUCAAAUGCAAGUUUCAAAUAACUUAAAGGUGAACUUAGGAGCAACAAAUGAAGGAAUAUCUUGGGAGUCUGAUAAUGAAAGUAAUGAAUUUGUUGAUGCUCCUUCUGAGGAUGAUGUGAGGGAGAAUGAGGAUGCUUUAGGCAAUGAUUUAAAUCUAGGCAACAUUCCUACAAUUGUUCCUCCUACACCUUAUGCUCUAGUUCCCCCUUUAGAUGAACAUAUAGAGGACAAUUCUUGGAGGUCCUGGACUUGUGAAACCACUUUCACCGAAGAAGGGGAGUUCCAAAAGGAUCAGGUGUUUGAUAAUAAGGAGUCUUUGUUGGAAGCUGUUAGAUUAUAUCAUAUACGUAGAAAUGUAGAGUAUAGAACUGAGACUUCCAACCAAACUGUCAUUUCAUUGAAGUGUAAAAGGGGAUGUUCUUGGAAACUAAGGGCUAGAAAAAAUAAUUAUUCAUCUGCAUGGCACAUUGUAACUUACAAAGGGAAGCAUGACUCUUGUGUAUUAGGUAGUGACAAUGUGUCAGUUGGGCGCAUUCAUUUGACAUCCUCUGUGAUAAACAAUUUGAUUAGAAACAAUGUUGUCCAGGACCCAUCAAUUAAGGUCUCUAUGGUGCAACAAAUGGUGAAAGACCGAUUUGGCAUAAAAGUGACUUAUAAGUUGGCAUGGUAUGCUAAGCAACAAGCCCUUCAGUCUAUCUACGGUUCAUGGGAAGACUCUUAUUCUCUUCUUCCACGCUUCUUGAAAGCAAUGCAACAUUCUAACCCAGGGACAGUAGUGGAGUGGUUUUUCAAGGAAGACAAUGAUGUUAGUUUGUCUGUUCGUAGUAAUACUAGAACCUUCCAACGGGUGUUUUGGGCUUUUAAACCCAGCAUUGAGGGGUUCAAGCAUUGUAAACCUCUUAUCGCCAUUGAUGGCACACACUUGUACGGUAAGUAUUGUCAUACCUUAUUGACUGCGAUUGCCCAAGAUGGUAACAAGGGAAUAUUUCCACUUGCCUUUGCUUUGGUAGAAAAGGAUUGCAUUGCUGCUUGGUCUUGGUUUAUGGCUUGUAUUCGUAAACAUAUGACGCAGAGAAUGGGCUUAUGUAUUAUUUCUGAUAGACAUGCGGGCAUUCUAUCGACCAUGGAGGAGCCAGAAUGGCAACCACCUCAUGCCCAUCAUAGGUUUUGCAUACGUCAUUUGCUUAGUAACUUUAACCGUCAUAUUGGUGAUGUGAAUUUGAAGAAGUUGUUUGGUAGAACUGCAAUACAAACACAACCACCUAAGGUAAUCGAGGGCUUGAGGGAAAUUGGCGCUGUGAGGCGAGAGGCCCUUUUUUGGAUUGAUCAAGUGGGUGACAUGUCUAAAUGGUCCUUGUGUCAUGACGGGGGUCAUAGGUAUGGUGUUACUAACACUAACUUAGCUGAAGUCUUCAACACUGUGAUGAAGGGUGUACGUUUCUUGCCUUUAACUACACUUGUUGAGUUCUCCUUCUAUCGCGUCAAUGAUUACUUUGUUAAAAUGCGUGAAAGUGCAAGUGAAUGGAUAACUGGCGGACACAUGUACACUUCGCACGCCACAAAAAUUAUCACACGCAACACUGAGAAAGCUAACUUCCAUGAGAUUGUUGCAUUCGACGAUGGACGAGGUAUUUUCCAAGUUAAGACUGGGCGGGGAAAUAGAGGAUCAUCCAAAGGAGGUAAUAUACAAAUUGUGGACUUGGGAGAGAAGAAAUGCACAUGUAACAAACUGGAGAUAUACCACUUACCUUGUUCUCAUGUUCUUGCUGUAUGCAUCAAAAGAAAUUUAUCAUAUGAGCAGUUUGUGGACCCUUGUUACACAACUGAGAGUUAUGCAAGUACAUAUAGAUCUUGUUUCAUACCAUUGAUUGAUAAGAGGGCAUGGCCUCAGUACUCUGAUUUUGAGUUGCGACACGAUCCAAAUCAAAUUCGUGGAGUAGGAAGACCCAAAUUUAAGAGGGUUACCAACGAAAUGGAUGAAGGGAUCACAUAUUAGAGCUGUAGAUUACAUUUCGUUGUUCCUCUCCAUCACUCAUCGAUGGAUAACACCAGGGCACAAGGUAUGACAGUCGUUAUUCACUUUAGUCGAGAGAAGCCAGCGAGGGAGAUUUUACAGGACAUACUCUUAGGGCCACAAUUCCAACACUUUAUUCCAAAGGUUGCAGAUCAGGCACCACAUACUACUAUUGGCGAGGUGCAAACCUCGUCUCGCCCUAACGUUGAUUUGGUGGAGAUUGGACUUGUCAUACCCUAAGAUGGUGUGAGAUCCUCCCAGGCUACACCAUCACAGUACCGGUCACCUCCCUUUCUAAUCGUCACAUGACUGCCUAUUGGUGUAGUAAACCAUCACAGUUAGAUAGGGUAAAGGUGGGUGAUGAGCAUUAAAUUUGUAUAUUUUUUGUUUGACUUGUGUAUAUUUGUUGAAUAUUUGGAGGAUAUUGGAUAUUUGUAUAUACUUUGUUUGACUAUCGCGAGUGACUCUUUGGCCA